AUGUGUUUUUGCUCUCAUCUCCUUUCAUCCUCUAUCACCUCUCAUCCUUCUUGUCGCAUCACGAACAACUUGGCCUCGGUAGUUGCGGAUCCACUUCGACCACGAGCCGAAUUGCAAGCAUUCUUCACGCGACAUUGGGGUGAAACGUUUGUGCCGAUUCAGGAAGUCCCAAAAUGCCCACAUUUGCAACCUGUAAAUAUCGCCAAUCUCUCAAAUUAUAUGAAAUCUAUUGGACAGAAAUAUGCUCUGUAUGUAGACGCACGAAGGAAGUUGAGCAAAGUGAACAAGCAGUAUAGGAAAAAUGACACCGAUGAUUUGCCAACGGUAUUCCUGUCAUCCGAUUUCUCUCUGACCACUCCUGAGACGUUCUUGUCUGUUUUCACGGUUCCUGCACAGUCAACGGCCGAUCCUCUUGCAAUCACUGUGCGUACACCGAAACCCGACCACGAGAUAAGAGACAAGACAUGUCUCGAAAAGGCAUCUGGAGAUUUUCGGCAUUAUGAACCGUUGCAAACUCGACUGGAUGAUCUACAUGAUGUGGUCGAUUCGAGACUUGCUGAAAAACUUGUCUUAAAAAAAGAUGCUUUUUGGCAAAUCGUUAGCUCGUAUGGUGGAUUGAACGAGGAAUUGGCUGAUGCUUUGGGACAAAUAAAAGUUGUUAGAACAAAUUUGAAACGUGUCUCAACGAGCAUUUGCGAGCGAACUGAUCACAUCACAGCUUUGUACAAGAAACGACAACACAAGGAAAAACUGCUUGCCCGGCUACAUGACAUUGCCUGUGUUCGUGCCGCUCAAUCAACGGUUCAAUUGCUACUCAAUCAGAACGAGUACCCCCGCGCAUUGGAAUGCAUCGAAAUGGCCACACAAGUGCUGAAAAAUGAAUUGUCUGGAGUCACGGCUUUUCGACAUCUUGAAUCUCAACUUUCCGAAUUGCGAAAUAUUAUCAAACGGAUGAUGUGGGAUGAGUUCACAUCGUAUGUGCAAAAGGAAUUUGGAGCGCGAAUUGAUGAACCAGUUGGAAUUGUUCAUGAGGGUGAGCUGUGCUCAAUCAUUGCUGGUCUGCUCCGAUUAAAAUGCUACGCUUUCACAUCGGUUUUGAAAAACGAGGUCGAAGAGACAGUGAAGAACUUGUUGAGACAAACCGUCAAGCAACGAGUAGUGAUCAGUGUGGAAGAUCAAAUCGACCCCUUGAUGCAAAAUCUUUCAAAUGCAGUCCGUUCGCUGAAGUUCCCCGAUUGGUGUCUUGUGUUGGAUGAUGUGAUUAAUGCACUUUACUUAUUUAAUCAAAAGAUUGAGUGCCUACAAGAAAUGGUUGGUGAUUUGUGUGAGCGUGUAGAGAGGGAUAAUGUUCCAGAUGCAAACGAUGAAGGAUCGCCUGAAAGAAAUACCCCAGUGAACAAUAUAGCGAUGGCUUCAAGUUCUUCAGAUGCUGACGAUUUUGCUUCAAUAAACGUCUCGUUGUUAACUUCGGCUAGUGCUCCAAUGGUGGACGCGGUGUCGAUGCUGAGCAUUGAGGUCCGAUCAACUACUCAAUUGAAACAUGCGGUCUCGGCUCUUUCACAAUACACGUGUCACUGCAUACAGAUGAGAAUAUGUCGCUUACUCAAUGCUCGACAUAAGGACGAGGCACAAAACGCUUUGGAAACGACGCCCACCGAGCUUUCGCACACACUCAAUUGUAUCAACGUUUUUCAACAAAAAUGUUCUACUCGAGGCUGGUGUCGAGCUCCACAAGUUGUAGCCAUAGCGGGCAAGCUUACUGCACAACCGACUACGAACGGACCACUUCAAAUUUGCAUCCACAAAAUUUCCACCGAUUACAUUGAUCGAUUCCAUCGACAACGACGUCAAAGAAUAAGUGACAAUCUCGACUUGGAGCAAUGGCGAGUCGGAGAGGUGACCCAUCGAGAUCAGCGACUAAUCAAUCAAAGCUUUGACGAAGGAAAAUUGGUGAUCGUUGAGAAAGAAACUGAUGACGAGAAAGGACAAGCGACACCUCAACAAUUGACUGUCAAAGAAGAAAACUUCGAAGUUGUUCGGUCAGCGCUCAACUUUGUUUAUUUGCUGGCCGAGUAUGCGGAAUGUUUGCGGGCACUUCCAUCAUUUGCACCUGAUAUCAUAAUGAGGAUUAUUGAACUACUGAAGUUCUUCAAUAGCCGCUCGUGCCAAUUGAUUCUCGGCGCCGGAGCAUUGCAACUUGUUGGAUUGAAAACGAUAUCCGUUAGGAAUUUAGCUCUUUCUUCCCGCUCACUGCAGCUCAUUAUGAAUUUGGUUCCAUUGUUGAGGGACGAAGUGGAUUCUCUUCUCACCGAUGAACAGAAGCAUCUACUACGUCAUUUUUCACAAGUUUCGUCGGACUACAACGAUCAUGUGAACGAGAUAACGGCCAAGCUCGUCUCUGUCAUCGAUCACAAUAUUGUCGGCAGUCUUGAUGCGUGGAAACCAAAAGGCACCAUUCCAUCAGAGUCCUUUCAAGCGAUUUGCCGGAAUUUGGUCAAAUUUCAUAAUGGGAUGAACGGGAUUAUGCCUGAUUCACAAAUUGCGACUCUAUUUACUCAAGUGCACGCUCACUUUCGGAAUCAUUUGAAGCUGAAGGUGGCACAAUGUGGAGUCUCACCACAUGAUUCGCUUGCUUGGGGAGUUGUCUCGAACGAUUACUCCUACUACAUAGAGAGGGUUCACGCGAUGCCCGCCUGUCGGAAUAUGCAAUUCGAAUCACUCAACGAGAUCGUCUUCAAC